AUGCGGCUCACGGGAACACUGGCUACUAGCAAGCGGAACUUCACUCUCUUGGCGAACGGCGGAUCAAAGCUUGUUUGGAAGGCUUAUGCUAUUGCAUUGCAGGCCCAUAUGACAACGCAAGAUGACUUGGACAAUUCUACCAAGGCGAUCUUUGUUGCCUCUCCGGGCCUCUUCGACAUCCCUGCAGGAGAGUUUGCCCCUCAACAGGUCACCAACGACCACAUAUUCCGCCGAACCGAUUGUCUGCAGAAUGCUCGAUCUCCAUUCUACACAUCUGAUGGAGAAAGCUACUUUGAUUCUCGUCGCAAGUAUCUACAGGCUAUCCAUGACGAUGCCAUGACUUCAUCCAUUGUUGCUGGCUCAAUCUCCAAGCUACGCUCCGAAGUUGAGCAGGCGCAGGACAUCAGUGCACAGGCAUACCUGCGUGACCUCGAUCUAUACCAGAAGUUUGCAGCUGUGGAUGGAUCUGAGCUUACUAAAUUUGAAGCGUGGGGCGAGAAGUUCGGCAUUUAUUAUGCAUGGGCCAGGAGCGAGCAGAAACGGCUCGAAUCGGACUACACCCUUGCGGCCACUAAAAUAUCAAGCAGUGUUGGGUUGGUGCUGGCUGCAUUUGAUCUGGCACGGGAUACCUCAACGCUCAGACUUGGGAGCAACAUGCCAUGUUCAAACAUGGAUAUCCCAUCUUCAAUAGGACGCGCACAGACUCCACUAGUGGUUCCUGCUGAUCAAACCUACUAUCGGCCCUUGUACUCAAUCAACGGCCUUGACCGAAGAGUUGAUUCCUGGGUUGGUGCUCAAGACGGUGGCCGUGAAGAGGUUGAGUUAGAUCUCGAUCUUAGCAAUGCCAAGACAGCUUCUUGGGCAAGUCUGGGGUUUCCCAAUCUCGAUCAUGAGCCUCUGUACGACACCAAAGCUGUUGACGCUACCAAUCCGGACGUGACCCUAUCACUCAAGGCUGGGGGUAUGCAAGCAUUCGACGUUGAUCGGGGCUUUUGGGAUGUUAGCGCUGCUGCUCGAUCUCAGCUGGGCUCAGCUGUAGGCAACGAUGGAAGUUCUGGUAAACUCAUGAAGAUCACCAGGAUCUUGCUGGGAUAUAAAGUGGAGAUAAGAAUGACAUGCGCGGAUGGCAAGAAAAGUCAGCUGUCUGACGCUUUGGCUGGCUCGGGAGGAGAGAAGAUAUUGGGGAUGACAACUGACAGGUGUGCCGUUCACAGCGGGGACGGACAGGUCGUCGUUUCUAGUGCCCCCAGUGGCUUUCCGACCGUGUUGGCGGUCCUGGGACGUGAGAUUUGA